UGGGUGGAGGCUGACAGCCGAUGCCUUUUCUGUGUUGAGGAUGGAGGAAAGAGGGAAUUAGUGGCUAUUUUUCAGUCGGUUUUCGCAGAGAGAGCGACUUGAUAAUCCCAACCUAAAACCCUCAGCAGGGACAUUUUUUUUUUCUUUUCUUCCAUGGGACCAGAACGGCUUUAAGAAUGACUCGGGGAGAGAAUCUGCUGCACAAGGCUUGAAUCCACCUAGAAACCACAUGGAGCAGGAUGUGGAGAGCCCCUCCAUCAUCAAACAGCCGAAGUUGCCAAAGCAGGCCCGUGAGGACCUGCCUAAACAGCUGGCAGAAAGGGACCGGGCAAAGAAGAUCCAGCGGUACGUCCGGAAAGACGGGAAGUGCAACGUCCAUCACGGGAAUGUUACGGAGAAGUACCGCUAUCUGACGGACAUUUUCACCACGCUGGUAGAUCUCAAAUGGGGGCUCAACCUGUUCAUAUUUGUAUUGGUGUACACCGUGACGUGGCUCUUCUUCGGCUUCAUGUGGUGGCUUAUUGCAUACCUUCGGGGGGAUCUGGAACAUUUAUCAGACAACACAUGGACUCCAUGUGUCAAUAACCUUAAUGGGUUUGUAACAGCUUUUCUGUUCUCCAUUGAGACAGAGACCACCAUCGGUUAUGGGUACAGAGUCAUCACGGACAAAUGUCCAGAGGGGAUCCUUCUGCUUUUAAUUCAGUCGGUGCUGGGAUCUAUCGUCAACGCCUUCAUGGUGGGUUGCAUGUUUGUUAAGAUCUCACAGCCCAAGAAGCGAGCCGAGACACUUGUGUUUUCCACCAACGCGGUCAUCUCAAUGAGAGAUGGACGGCUGUGCCUGAUGUUCAGAGUCGGAGACCUCCGAAACUCGCACAUCGUAGAGGCUUCGAUCAGGGCCAAGCUUAUCAAGUCGAAGCAGACCAAGGAAGGGGAGUUCAUCCCUUUGAACCAGACGGACAUAAAUGUGGGUUACAACACGGGAGAUGACAGGCUCUUCCUGGUGUCACCGCUCAUUAUCUGCCAUGAGAUAAACCAGGACAGCCCCUUCUGGGAGAUCUCACAAGCCCACCUGGCCAAGGACGAGCUGGAGAUUGUUGUGAUUCUGGAGGGGAUGGUGGAGGCCACAGGCAUGACGUGCCAGGCGAGGAGUUCGUAUAUCGGCAGUGAGAUCAAGUGGGGCUACCGCUUCACACCAGUCCUGACGCUGGAGGACGGCUUCUACGAGGUGGACUACAACAGCUUCCACGAUAUCUACGAAACUAACACACCCGCCUGCAGUGCCAAAGAGCUUGCUGAUAUGGCCAACCGCACCCGCUUGCCCCUCACCUGGUCACUGGCCAGUAAGCUGAGCCAGCAGGGGCUGCCAGAGGCGAUGCAGGAGGAUCCGGACACCAAGACCAGCCUGGACAACCAGGAGAGGAUCCAGCAGACUGAGAGGAAUGGGGACAUUGCCAACCUAGAGAGCGAGUCCAAAGUGUGAUAGAGGAAAGAAAGUGAGCAAGUUUUGGCUCCUUCUGAAAAAGUUGUGUGCUGUACGUCUGUACGUGUAACACACAAGCUUGCGGAGCACAGGGGAGAGUUUGAGGUACUAAAACGAGGACCAAUGAGCACAGUAGACCAAGUAUCCCUGCACCAAGAACUGUUUUUUUUCUCAGUGAUUUCAUAGUUACCCCAAAAAACAACAAAGCAUCUAGACAUGUGGCCCACCGCUGAACUGAAAGCCCUCUGCGGGAAGUGCAUGUUUCAAAUAUAAUGUGAUGUCCUCCUGAUGAGAUUCCUAUUAUUUUUUCUAUAAAAAUAUCCCUAGGGACAUUUGCAUAAGUAUUUUUGUAUAUACUAUAAAAUGUUUUGAAUUCUUUGUUUUGUUGUGGUGUGAAUAUUUGACGGAUGUUUGAUACUUAUUCUUUUAGGUUAGUUCUGUAUAUUCUCUGACUUACUGUAUGUAUAAAGCUUUCAUUAUUUGGUUUUUCAGAAAUAUAUUAGCAUGUAUUAACAUUAUCUGCAGUUAAUUUAUAUUGUAUUGUGUAUAUACUGUAGUGUCAUAAGGAACACAUUUAUCUCAAUGGAUGCAAAAACUAGUUUAAACCAAUAACAAUUACUUUCCCAUGAUAAAUGUUUGUUUAAGGUAGUACUACACUAUUUCCUUUAAGAAGCCAUGCCUUGCCGUUUACAGCUGGGUGACUUCAGACAAUGGCCCUUUAAAAACUGCAUCUGUUCACCAUUUGCACAUUGGAGGCCUCUGAUGGAGAAAGUUAGUCGCUGUUUCAGUCUCCAGAAACCCCUUGCAUUUCACCUAACAGUACCAGAAAUAAAUAAACAAUAAAUUGCAUAUUAUGCACUUGAUGAGA